AUGGUCUCCUCUGUCUGGACAUUCCUACUGGGAGCGGCCUCACUUGUUGCCGCACAUCCUGUCGCUGGAAAACGCACAGUUACGGAGCUCAACCAGGCAGCCUUCGAGGAAGCCCAACAGCGAGACGACACAGCCACGAGGACAUCUGAUGGGAAGUGCUUGUUUGUUGAUCAACUUUCUGGAGAUUUCCGUGCGAACUUGACCCCCGUCCAGAUUGGUGAAUGCGAUGGCGAUGCUGGCAUGGUCUGGGAUGUUAUCACUGCUGGGAAACAUAACGACCAACCAGGAACGAUGCUGAUUGUCAAUGCAUUUACAGGAGCUUGCCUCAAUUUUGACCCUCGGCGAGCAGCAGGGAAUCAGGUCAUCCUAUUCUCAUGUGGUGGACGUGCUGAUGGAGGUGAGUUGUUGAUUCUCCAUGACGACACAGCGCACAUAAAUAACCAUGAGUCGUGCGAAGGCGGUGCUGUGACGAACUCUCAGCUCUUCCCAUUCGCAGGGAGUGCAGGACCCCUCGCUUUCACUCCUCUAAAUGCACCUGGCACCUGUUUGACUGUGAAAGGCGGUGUCAUCGACCAGGCUGCUUGUAUUGCAGGAGAUCCUAGCCAAUCAUUCAGUUUUGGAGAUGAUGUUCCCCCUACCAGCGAGCCCACGUCUUCGACAACAGUGGCUGCUGAGGAAUCCGCAACCACAAGUGUUUCCGCCACAUCGGCCCCCCAGGAGCCUACCACAACCAGUGAUGCGGAAUCGUCAAUCACGUUACCCCCAACUACUUCAACAACCGCAGCAACGACAACUGCCUCUCCCUCCGUCGUCUCGGUCUCGAGGGCAGGUGGUGUUCUCAACCCCUCUGCAGCUGCGGAAGCAAAUCCUCGCGACGACACUGCCACACGAGCAUUCUCAUCUGUCUCCAUCAGAUCUGCAUCUGGCCAGUGCCUGUUCAUCGACCGGACUGCAGGUGAUUUUCGGGAGUUGCUAAUCCCGAUCGUCCUUCAACCAUGUGAUGGCUCUGUAGGCCAGCAGUGGGAUUUCAUCACCUCAGGAAAGCACAACAAUCAACCAAAUUCUGCGUUGAUUGUCAGCGAUUUGACUCAAGGAUGUUUCAACUUUGACCCUAGGAGGGCAGCUGGUGAUACGGUAAUGAUCUUCAGUUGCGGAGGAAGAGCGGACGGUGGCGGCUCCGUCACGGACAGCCAGUUGUUCCGCUUUACCGGAGGAGAAACAAGUCUCAAACUCCAACCGAAUAACGGUGCAGGGAGCGUCUGCUUGGCUCCAAAUGCGGAUGGAAGACUGGAUCAAGCAGCUUGCAUUGAUGAUCCCAAUCAGAUCUUCACUAUUGUAUAG